AUGUCGCUGAAUAAACAUGACCGCCAGUAUGACUUGGUCGUAUUUGGGGCAACAGGAUAUACCGGCAAACACACUGCAGAGUUCAUCACGAAGAACCUUCCCACAAAUUUGAAGUGGGCGGUUGCUGGACGGAGUCAGCCGAAGCUUCAAGCUGUGGUCGAUGCGUGCCGGGAGCUGGUUGCUGACAGGGAACAGCCAGCCAUUGAAAUUGCUGAUGUGACGGAUGAGGCAUCGAUCGUUGCGCUUGCAAAGAAGACCUUCAUCGUUAUCAGCACUGCUGGUCCCUAUAGUAAAUAUGGCGAGACCGUUUUCAAGGCGUGUGCUGAGAAUGGCACACACUACGUUGAUUGCACGGGCGAGUUCCCAUGGGUUGGCAACAUGAUCACCAAGUAUGAAAAGGUGGCCAAGGCGAGUGGUGCGCUCAUGUUCCCCCAGACUGGCCUCGAGUCUGCUCCCGCUGAUUUGUGCUCAUGGGCAAUGGCCAAAUGCCUCCGAGAGAACCUCAAUGCCCAGACGGGGAGAGUUAUCAUGUCCAUUCACACCCUUAGAUCAAGCGCGUCCGGAGGAACAAUAGCAUCUGUGUUGAACGUUUUCGAGACCUUCAGCUUGAAAGAGCUACAAGCAGCCACCAAGCCUUAUGCAUGCUCUCCAGUUCCUCGCGAGGGCCAGGGGAGAUUCCAGCCAGGUAUCAUGGCCAGGAUAUUCGGAUCCAGGAAUAUCCCCGACCUUGGUACAGUCACUACUUCGCCGGCAGGGUCCACGGAUGCGUUCAUCGUUGAGCGCACAUGGGGUCUCUUGUCUGCGACACCAAGCCGAAAAGCUGAGUUCUACGGGCCCAACUUCACCUUUGAAGAGUACCUGAGGGUCCGGAACUGGAUACAGGGAGUGGCACUCCAUUUCUUUCUGACCCUUGGACCGGCUCUCUUGUUGCUAUCCUCAUUUGCACGGUCACUGCUGAGAAGGGUUACACACCAACCGGGACAGGGCUCUGACAGGGCUUCAGCCACAAGGGAAGAGGUUGAGUACCGUGGCACUGCUGAACCGGAUGCCAAGUCCGGAUCAGGCCAAAAAGCGUUUUGUCGUGUGCGCCAUUUCGGCGGCCCUUAUGCUUUGUCUGGACUUCUGAUGGCCCAAGUGGCUCUUACUCUUCUCGAGGAGGAUGUGCAGCUCGACGGUGGCAUCUACACGUCGGCAUGCCUGGGGCAGGGCUUGAUCGACCGAGCUGCAAAGGCUGGUUUCAAGAUCGAGACUGAGAUUAUCUCUUGA